GAGUCGCCAACAUGACAAAGAAGUUUAUUCCUGUCAUAGCAGCUUUUUAUUGCGUGUUUCUUUUGCAAAACGUUUUAGCGUUCUGUGUAAUCUGCAUAUUUAACAGUGAGUGCUAAUGAUUGAAAAUAGAUUUUAUGAUGAUAUAACAUCGAAGAUAUUAUAAAAUAUAAGAAAGAUAAACCAAAAUGGCACUCAUAACUGCUUACUGGGGUUUGGACGUCAUCAUAGUUUUAACGACUCUCAUGGUAACCGUUUAUCUCUACAUGACACGCAAGUUUAAAUACUGGAAAAAACGGGGCAUCGAAGAAAUCUUUCCACCGACGCCUUUCCUAGGCAAUUUUACGGAAUGCCUGUUAUUGAAAAAAGCGCCGGCGUAUUUUUUAAAGGAGUUAUAUGAUCAAGCAAAGGGGCUACCUUACAUUGGCUUCUACGUUUUAGACAAGCCCUUUUUGUUGGUUCGUGAUCGGGAACUCAUCAAGAAUAUCUUAAUAAAGGACUUUAAUAUCUUUUACGACCGAUACAAUAUUGCUUAUCCGGAUGACCAGCUGGGUUGCAACAAUCUCUUUUUUAUAAGGAAUCCAGUAUGGAAGAUGUUAAGGAUGAAAUUAACGCCAUUCUUCACAUCUGGCAAACUAAAAAAAAUGUUUGAACUGAUGUUAAAUUGUGGAAACCAUCUGAGCUCGUAUAUCGAAUCGUUGAAAGAAGGUGAAGGAGAAACGAUCGAAGUGAGAGAAUUAACUGCCAAGUUUACCACGGACGUCAUCGGCAGCACCGCUUAUGGACUUGAUGUGAAUUCAUUUAAUGAUUCAAACGCUGAGUUCCGCAAAUAUGGCAAAAUGAUCUUUCAAUACGACACCAUUCGCGGCUUGGAGAUGCUCGCGGUAUUUUUCCUUCCAACUAUAAUGCGUUUGGCUCAAAUAAAAGUAUUUGGCAAAGAACCUACCAGCUUUUUGCGCAAAGUUUUUUGGGAGACGCUCAAUCAUCGUAUGGAAUCUGGCAUCAAGAGGAAUGAUCUUAUUGACAUUCUUCUCGAACUAAAAAAGACUAACGGUGAUCAAGAUUAUUACGGAUUCAAAUUUGAUGGGGAUAAUCUUCUGGCGCAAGCAGCCAGCUUUUUCACCGCCGGUUUCGAGACCUCUUCAACGGCAACAGCGUUCGCAAUGUACGAGCUUGCAUUGCAACCUGAUCUUCAAAAUACUCUGAGAAAAGAAAUUGUCGAGGCUCUCGACAAGUCUGGUGGAAAAAUCACAUACGAUUUGACUAUGUCGUUAACAUAUCUGGAUAUGGUGGUCUCCGAAACUUUGAGAAUGUAUCCGCCAUUGGGAUAUAUAAAUCGUAUGCCAAAUGAAGCUUAUAAAGUGCCGAACUCCGAUUUUGUAAUUGAAAAGGGUACACCGGUAUACAUCCCAAUGCUCGGUCUACAUUAUGAUCCGGAAUAUUUUCCCAAUCCGGAUAAGUUCGAUCCGGAGCGAUUCAAUGAGGAAAAUAAACGUAAUAGACCAGCAUGCGUUUACUUCCCCUUCGGAGAAGGUCCACAUAAUUGCAUAGGCACUCGUUUAGGACUUUUACAGAUAAAAUUAGCGCUCAUCAUAAUCUUGAGUAAAUGCGAAGUGAGACCAUGCGAGAAAACCUCAAUACCAGUGGUAAUUGAUCCAAGGGGUGCCAUGACAGUGCCUUUAAACGGCGUAAUAUAUCUCAACUUCCGCAAAAUUAAAUCUAGCGCUCUUUAAAACAUAAUAUGUAUUAUAGCAGUGUGUAUUAUAUUAUUUUAACUCAUGGAAAAUACUUACAGUGGUAAACUUAAUUCGUGCCGAUCUUUCGUCUCUAAAAUUGAUUUGUUUCGAAGGGAAGAUGAAUAAAAAAAAUAAUCAAAGUAAUUUCCUCUAUUUUCUA